UCAGUGAGUGCCAAGUGGAGGUAUGAAUUUUUUUGACAAUUAACAACAAUUCGUGGUGUUUGCGUGUGAUAAUUUCUCUAAUGUCCCCAAUGUGUAUAUGCUGCAUAAUACUUUAAUCAUUUACUUCGCUAUUCCCACCUGUAAGCUAAGAAAUGGCUUCCCCACGAACACGUAGGAAGCUGAACUCUAUACGAAAUAUAGACGACAAUAAUAAAUGUUUCGAGUGUGGUACGUUGAAUCCUCAAUGGGUUUCGGUCACGUACGGCAUCUGGAUAUGCUUAGAAUGCUCCGGGGUUCACCGAAGCCUCGGGGUGCACCUUUCCUUCGUCCGCAGUGUCACCAUGGACAAAUGGAAAGACAUUGAGCUAGAAAAAAUGAUGGUCGGGGGGAACGGGAAAGCCCGAGAGUUCUUCGAGAGCUCGUCUGACUUCAAGCAAGGGCUCACAAUACCUCAAAAGUACAACACAAAGGCUGCGGCUAUGUACCGGCAAAAGAUCUGUGCACUAGCGGAAGGCAAGUCAUGGACCGCCUCGGACUACAAACCAGAGACUCUGGAAAAGUCCCAGGACUGGGCCGUCUCUCGCGACUUCUACUCGUCGGGAGACAGCACUUUCCACACGAGCGGCUCGGAUAAUAACAUCAGUUAUCACACGGAGUAUGGGAGUGGACGUUACACCGGUUUCGGCAACUGCAACAACCAGAAGCAGUCGGCGUCCACUCCGAUGUCGCCGAUGCACGGCAACGAAAUGGUGGACAACACUCUGGCUUCAUUAGCUACUGGCAAGUUCGAACGGUUGCGUAGGCGACAAAACGACGACAAAGAACGCAUUGUCGAGCGACAAUCUAAGUCCUAUGGGCGGUCUUUGCGGAUCGGUUGGUCCAUGUUUGCAUCAUCGGUGACUAAGGCAGCUCGGACGGCAACUGAGAGCGCCGUGCGUUACGGAGGCAUCGCUUCCCAAAAAGUUUCGGAGAUGGCAUCUACUGUUACUGAAAAGGUGAACACCCGCGGCGGUUGGAGUACUCUGGGCGGCACUACGGAUCAGAGACGCGCAUCCAACACCAGCACGUCUUACCAGUCGCCCAGCUAUGGCGCCAUGAAGAGUUCCACUUCCGAACCAUACUCCCAGUGGAACGAACAACUUCAGCCAUGGAAGGAAUCGGUGACCACCCGCAACAACUUGGAUUCGCGCGAUCUGUCCCAAGUCGGGGUGUCCAGCCCCCCGCCCGAUAUCAAGAACAUCACAAUCAAGAAGAAGAACGCGUCUGAUGAAGACUCUUGGGACUGGCUUAAUAACUAAGCUGAUCAUCACAAGAACGCGAGAAGACGGCCUUUAAGAUCCAGUUUUAGGCCGCACAUAUCUAUCCCUUAGUUAAAUUACGCAUUUUAACACAUUAUAUAUAUGUAUAAAUAUGUAUUCAAAAUUACAAUUGUAAAAUAUAUAUUGAGAUACAAAAUUCACAUAUGCAUGUAUGUAUAUGUAUUAAUUUAGCCAUGGAAAUCAGUAUUUAUAGUCAUUAAAGAUUUUAUUUGUAAAUACUUUGUAAAAGUUGGCAAUGUAUUCGGAAUUACUCUUAAGUUGGCAAUCGUUCUUUAUUGUUUUUCUAUCGAUUCUUAGUUAUUGUGCAGCAGUAGGAAAAAUAUGUUUAGGUAGUACUCCGAACCAUUUUGUUGGUACAUAGCAAUAUUUCGACCAUUAUUAGGAAUUGUAUCAACUAUAAAAUCAAUAUCAAAUAUGUAUUCAAAAUUUGCUGAAAACCAGCACUUUUCGAUCAUCAAAAUUACAUCAGACGGCCCACCACUUCCUGUGUUUAAUCUGGGAAGAAGUUGCAUUAUAAACUCCACAGCAACACAAGUAUGUCUGUUAGAUUUAAAAAUCUCAAUACAAAAUUCAUGAUAUAACAUACUCUCAGUAUGUAUAUCUAACCAGCAUGACCAGACAUUUUAUGCAAAUAAGACCUUUUUGCUGAACAAAAUGUCUAUGGAUCAGAGUCGCCACAAAAUGGCUUCCCCACUACCCUAGCAAUAUUUUUGGGAUUGAUUCUGUAAAGCGUACAUCUUAUGAAGGUAAUUAGGUAAAGGAACUAAGAGUCGAUAGAACCGUUUUCGCUUGAAAACCAAUUGGCAUGAUAUAUAAUUGUAUUGCAUUGACCACUUACUAAUAAAGGUAUUUACAAAUAAAAUAUGUAUGUAUGUAGUUACAGCUUUAUUCGGAACUGAACAAAUUGUGUUGGUUGAAUCUAUUCUUUUAUUAUAUCUAUUAGAUAUAUUGAUAACAUUUAUUUUAGAAAAUCUACGAAGUUAUUUAAUAUUAAAAUUCUGUCCAUUUUAGUGCCACAUUGUUUUCUAAAAAAAUAUUGUUUAAACAUCUGUUAUGUGAUGGCACAAACGCCAAUAUCUUUGUCCAACAAUUUAAGAAGGCUUUGCAUAUAUUCUUAUAAAACACUGUUACUACAAAGUGACUUUUUCCUCCUCUAUUUUCAUUAAUAGCCUCGUGGACAAAGAUCGCUCGAAGCCAUACUGGCCUACUUGUAAAACUAGGCCUUCAUUAUUGUCGUAAUAGCUUAAUUUAGUUUUAAGAAAGGUGUAAGACGGCAUCGCAAAGUUUGUCAUUCAAAAAGACUUAAGUCUGAACAAAAUGGCAGACGACGCGUUGAAAGAUUGCUAGGCAAAUUAAGAUGAAGGCUUAUAUUAUAUAUAUACGUGUUUAUAUUUUGUUGGAUAAACAACCGCUAUAAACAUAUCGUUUAUAAUGAGACAUAGAUUUCAUCGAUAAAUCGUCUUUGCAUUAACAGCAGCGAUAGUUUAUUUAGCAGUGGUUUUCAUAACGCAUCAAUGAGCCCAUUCCAUAUAAAAUCUCAGCAUUUAUAUUUAUAGUUUAUAAUUACUAGGCAAGCCAUAAUAUGUAUUAUGUUGCUAAAACGACAUUAUUAUUUGUAUUUUCAUUUUGAAUAAAUCGAAAUUCUCGGAAGUUGUUUUUGUAUUGAGACUGUUGUAUCGUCCGAUCCCCUACCCUUUUAGUGAAGUCCACUACAUCAUGUCCUCUCGAUGUCGAUAGAUAUUUUAUAUACAAUUUUAAUCGUAUUAAAACAUCCUAUUAUAACUACUCUGCCUAUCCACUACCGUCCUCUUGUGAUUAUUCAAAUUUUAUCGAAAUAUUAUUUACUAUGAAAAGGCUAAUGUAAUUUAUAUUUUUAUCGUCAACUAUCUAUCGACUUCGGCAAAGCCUUGUGCGUUCAUCCAUGAUUUGUUGAAUUUCGUACAAACAUGAUAUACCCUGAAAUAAAUUGCAGAAAUUCUCUAAAUUCCAUAAAAAAGGAAAAUUGGUAUCAUUUCACGGAAAAGGGACAAGGCUUACCUUCGUACAUUUUGUAUUGGAUCGAAACAAAUUAUUUUUCAUGUUACCAAUAUAUUUUUGGCAAUGUUUUUACCCUCGAUUAUAUUAUUUUCUACGUUGUAAGAUCAAGGUUUAUACUUAUGUACAAAUUAAUAAUAUUAUAAUAAUUUAAUUUUAUAUUUUGCUUGUAAGAUUCUGAAUGUUAUUUACUUUAUAUUGUAAUUAGUUUUACAACUGUGGGCUCACAGUUAAAUAGACGAUGUAACGAUUACUUUAAAAAUUUUGUCAUCAGGUUAUUUGAUCGAAUUAAAAUUAGUUUGAAGAUUA